AUGGCCGAACCAGACGCCGCAUCCACCACCGGAGCUCAAUUUGCACCGGAUCUGCGCCGUAGAAAUGUUCCCGGUGCAGAACAAGCCGGUAUCGUGCAUUCGCCCGAUAUGGCCGAUGAGCAAAAGAAACCUAGAUAUGCGUCGAACUCGUAUCUUUCCGCAUCACUUGAGUGGGAACACAUAAUUGUGCCAAUCAUACUCACAGCUUUCUCGAUCUUCACUCGAAUGUAUCGCAUUGGACGGUCGAAUAUCGUGACAUGGGACGAAGCGCAUUUCGGAAAGUUUGGCUCUCACUACUUGAAGCGCGAAUUUUACUUCGAUGUCCACCCUCCGCUGGGAAAGAUGCUAGUCGGCUUGUCUGGGUAUCUUGCCGGCUACAAUGGAUCUUUCGAAUUCAAAUCUGGCGAGACAUACCCGGAAGAUGUGAACUACACGUUCAUGCGCGUCUUUAAUGCCGCGUUUGGCGUUGUCUGCGUACCUUUGGCGUACUAUACCGCCAGGGAGCUUAAUUUUCGAAGGGCCACCGUUUGGCUGAUUAGCCUGAUGGUACUUUUCGAGAACUCGUAUGCGACUAUCUCACGUUUCAUAUUAUUGGACUCCAUGUUGCUCUGUUUUACUUUUACCACGACGAUGUGUUGGGCUAAAUUUCACCGGCUACAGCAUGCCAGCUUUUCAGUUGAGUGGUUCAUGUGGCUCUUCUUAACCGGACUCAGCAUUGGCUGUGUUUGCAGCGUGAAAUGGGUAGGAUUUCUUUGCACUGCGAUUGUUGGCCUUUACACGGUUGAGGAUCUGUGGAAUAAAUUCGGUGACUUGAAAAUGCCAGAGACUACUCUCGCGAAGCAUUUUCUUGCCCGUGUAUUGGGACUGAUAAUUGUUCCUGCCCUGGUCUACAUAUUCUCCUUCUACCUCCAUUUCUGGAUCUUGGAAAAUAGCGGCCCGGGCGAUGCGCAGAUGAGUUCUUUGUUCCAAGCAAAUCUCAGAGGUACUGAAGUUGGAAAGGAUAGCCCCCUUGAGAUUGCUGUUGGUUCGAGGGUCACGUUGAAGAACAUGGGCUAUGGUGGUGGACUACUCCAUUCACACAUUCAAACAUACCCAGAAGGCUCUACUCAACAACAGGUCACUUGUUAUCACCACAAGGAUGCCAACAAUGACUGGUUCAUUUAUCCAAACCGCCAUGAACCCGAUUAUGACCUGAACGCUCCACUUAAAUUCAUCGGUGAUGGGGAUACGAUUCGCUUCAUUCACGGGCAGACAGGACGGAACCUACAUUCUCAUGCCAUACCCGCUCCGGUCUCUAAAUCCCACCAUGAGGUGUCUUCUUAUGGAAAUAUUACCAUCGGAGACGACAAGGACCAUUGGAAGGUCGAGGUAAUUGAUGAUGUUGCGUCCAAAGACCGAACAAGAAUUCGUACACUCAGCACAGCGUUUCGGUUACGACAUCCCGUAUUGGGCUGCUACCUACGGGCUGGAAAUGUCAAUCUCCCACAGUGGGGUUUCAAGCAAAUCGAAACAACGUGCGUCAAGGAGAAUAAACCGUCUGAUGUCUACACGCACUGGAAUGUUGAAUCUCAUUACAAUGAACGACUCCCACCGGGAGAUCCAGGACAGUACAAAUCGCCCUUUCUAAAGGAUUUUAUCCACCUGAAUGUCGCUAUGAUGACAUCGAAUAAUGCUCUCGUCCCCGAUCCAGAUAAGCAAGACGAUCUUGCGUCGAAGUUCUGGCAGUGGCCAAUACUCCAUGUUGGUCUUCGCAUGUGCUCCUGGGAUGACAGCGUCGUCAAGUACUAUCUCCUUGGAAAUCCGUUUGUUUACUGGGGAAGUACGGCUAGUCUGGGUAUCUUUGGACUUUUGAUCCUCUGGUACCUCGUGCGCUGGCAGCGAGGUUAUCGUGAACUCAACCAAGCCCACAUCGACCACAUCCAUUACUCCGGUCUGUAUCCCGUCAUCGGUUGGGUUCUCCAUUAUGUCCCGUUUGCUGUCAUGGCACGAGUGACCUACGUUCACCAUUAUUAUCCGGCUCUCUACUACGCCAUUCUCACGUUUGGUUUCUGCGUUGACUGGCUUACGCAAAAGUUGAAUGUCAAGGGGCUUUGGCUCACUUAUGCCUUGCUGUACGCGAUGAUUAUCGGCACGUUCGUGUACUUCCGUGUGAUCGUGUUUGGCAUCGAAGGCUCCAGUCAACAAUGGGCUCAUUUGAGUUGGCUGAGUGGCUGGAGGAUUUCCAACUAA